AUUCUUACCAUACAUGUGCUUUUAUUGAGCGUGUGUGCGCGUGCUGCCUGUGUGUGUGUACUGUAAAUAUGCGCUCGCGCUGUUGAUGGGGGAAAUGAAUGCGACGGGGCUGAGCGUGAAAAGCCGCCCGCUGAUGGAGGAGGCAGAAGAUGGAAACUGUGAAAAAAUGGAACAAGGAUUUUAUUGCACUUAAUCAGCUGGAUCCGAAAAUCCACUCCAAACAACAUGGCAUGAUCUCCACAAAUCUUCUGAAUACUCUCAAGAACUGCAACCAUUUACAGCCCAUUUAUCGUUCAGCAUGUGCUAUCGGUUCCUGUCCGGAUCUGAUGAUGAGUAGGAAUGAGCAGCGUGAGUUACGGCCAGCUCCCGUGGCUCUGACCCCACAGCUGCCCCCCAAAACCCACCGGCCACUCUGCCUCUCAGUGUCCUCAGACAGCAAUGGCCGCUUCAAAGCACUGGAGACACAGGAAUGGAAGAACAACCUCAAAGCUCAGAUGGAGCAGGCCCACAGUGCUGGUGCAGCCAGCAGCACGGGUUCUCUCGAGCGAGCCUCCCUUUUCUGUGCCUCUGGCUCCACCACUGCAUCCAGCUCAGGCCUCUCGAGUCCUGUGGAGCUUCUCGGCAAAAGCAAGUCCUCUAGCCGCUUCUCGCUCUUUUCACCACCAUGGAACAGCAGCUCUGAGUCAGACUCAAACCCUCCCUCACGCUCGGGCUCCAAAAAACUGCGCCGCAGAGCAGGUCCAGGGAGUGUCAAGACUAGCCCAGAGACACCCGAACCCAAACUGGGUGGCCCGGAACACUUCCACUACUCUGAACCUGUAAUCUCCAAAGUGACAGACUACAUUUAUAUUGGGAACGUUAAUGCAGCAUAUAGUGGACGCAUGCUGUGCCGGAAUAACAUCGACAGCAUAAUCGACAUGAGUAGCCUGCCAGGCGAAACAUGCCUCAACUUGAUCCCUUGCACAUGCUCGAGAGGAACCAAGCACAGCUGGUCACGCCUGAAAGUGUACAUAGAGGAGCCGGGCGAGCUGGGUGAGGAUGGAGCAGAGCUGCACCAGCGAUGCUUUGAAGCCAUCAAUGAGUGCAUUGAUGCCUCUGCAGGAAAGAGGAAGCGAGUGCUGGUUCACUGCCGCGAUGGCUUCUCACUCGCCCCAACAUGCAUUAUCCAGUACCUCAUGAUCAAGCACAACAUGAGGCUGAUCGCUGCAUAUGAACUGCUCAGGGCCAAGCACCCGGUUAACAUCCGUGAGUGCCACCAGAAUGCUUUAGUGAGUCUGGAGAGGACACUUCGACCUGGAGGAAACACUGAUCCUGAGUGCUUCAAGCAGGCCAUCUCACGCAAACUAGCUUGGACCUAAAUGUACCACCAUGUAUUUCAUUUCAGACUCAUACUGAUUUAUCUGGUCCAUUUCAAGGACUGGCAGCUUGGGGCUAGUUACUAAUCCUUGGUGAUUAGCCACUGGUUAUUUAAAUUGCUUUAUUCAAAAAACUUCUUCCAGACUAAAUCUGAGACAGAAAAACUCAAACCCAAGUACUGUAUAGCUGCUAAACAAGAGAGCUGGAGUAAAAAUAUUUCUGUUAAGACUCUGGUGCUGAAGUUUUAUGAAAAUGAGGGUUGCAGCCAUAGUGUUGUUCCAUGUUUCUUUCAGGGCUGAAUGAUGGGAAAUCUCAGGAGACCCAGUGAUGUCAAAUCAUGUCUACUGGAUAUGGAGUAUAAAGCUUCUACAAAUGGACUACCUUUGAAUAGUGGUUAAGGAUCAAUCUAGUUCUGUGUUUCCCAACUUGGUCAUUAGGAGCAAUCAGACUGUCCAAAUUUAGGCUUUUUGUUAGCAAACAUAAACCAAGCAAAACACACAAUACCUGUCAGAGCUGUGUUGAGACCGAAAAAAUGUGGACAGUCAGGGUGGAUUGGAAGACACUGAUCUAGUGUUAAGUCUUUAACUGCUGCCAUUGUAAAAUAUACCUGCAUUGAAUCUGAACAAUUUUGGUAAUCAUGUCAGUGGACAUUCCUAAUGUUUCGUUGGUACGAUUUUUCCUCCGUGAGGAAAAUUUUUCAGUCAUGUGUUUAUCAUCAGCUUUUCAAGGUUGAGGGCAAAAGUUUGCAUACCCUUAGCACAAAACAAAAAUAAAUAUAUGCCAAAGCAUUUCCACAGUUUUUCCUGCACUAUCACAAAAAAAAGUAAAUGCUAAGAUAUUUAUAAUGAAGAAAAUCAUAUUAGAUCUAAAUAAUAAUUUGCUCACUAUUUAACAAAUCAGAUCAGACCAGAUUUAGGAUAAUAUCAUUUGAAUUAUUUAUGCUACUGCCUACCUGCCAUUUUAAUUGGGCAAUCUUUAAGGGGGAAAAACUGCUCAAAUGCUAUUAAAAAAAUACACCUCACACCACAAAUUGUAUAUGGAGGCUGAGAUUAUUCUUAUCUAAUCCAUGUAGGUACAUCAGUAAAUAGCAGUACAUUCACCUUUUUUUCUGCAGAAUGCAAACUGUUGCACUCAACAGUGCUUGGGAAGUGAGAUAUAUUAUGUCUGUAGUACCAACAAGUGCAUAUUUUGGGGUUGUCGGCAUUAGUAGUAUAGAUUUGACUGAAUUGUGAAGCAGUGAACUACUGCAAAGACUUUUUUUAUUGCACUAACUAGACAUUUUAAAGAAAUUGCACAGGUGAAGUGUUCUUUAACUGACAUGCCACUUCUUUUGGUUCUUCAUUUGCUCAGUACAGAUAGACCUUUACUAUUUUUAAAUGAAUAUGAUGCACAUGCUUCCUGUGUACUGAUUAUUAAUUGAUGCUAGAUUACUGUUGUGUUUUAAUUCACCAUAUCGGAAGUUCUCAUCAAACUCUUGUCUGGUAUUGCUUAUGCUUGUGUACAGUAAUUAUUAUAUUUUAAUAUUUUAGUGAGCAGUGUGCUGAGGUGGUACGUUCCUGAGUUUUUGGUGCCUUUGAACUCGUCUUGUGUGAUUGUAUUGUGAGAUUCACACUAUGUAUGCAGUUUGUCAGGCACUGACAAAGUUUUUAUACUCUGGAUUAUUCUGUAUAAUGGCUAACCCUUGUCUUGCUGCAAGUCCUGCGUUGUGGUGUGCUGCAGGACACAGCUCGGUUCAGUAAUGUGAAGUUUUUGUUGCAGUGGUCAUUCUGUUAGCAGUGGCAGUAUUUUUCUACCCGUGUGGUGGUAACUAGUGCAUCUCUGUCUGACUGAUCGUAAAUUCUCCCCACUGCUAUGCUCCUCUCUUAGAAACAUUAUCCACAGUCUAAUCGAUAUAUGGCCUAACUACAGUGCUUUUGAAUUUUUUUUUGUUUUUUGUUUUUUGGUGUAUAUUUCUACCAGUUUGACUUGAUCUCAGGUGAACUUUAUUGACCUAAAUUAUAAUGUUCUCUGUUUGAACUACAAAACAGAACAAUGUGGCAAUGUAUUUUCUGUAUCAUGGUUUUUAAAGUCUUAUGCAUUUGUAUAUGUAGAUAUUAAAGAAAACAAUCAAAGAA